UAAAAAGUGAAUCAUGCUAUGUUUUUUUUGGUCAAAUGCAGCUCGGAGGUAGAAGUGUCAUGCUCUGGGGAUGCUUUGUCCAGCUCUCGAUUAUAAAAAAGAUUGCAUAUGUAUUGAAUGGUAGCUACUUGAAAAAAUGUUUGCACUGCUGCAGCAGAACAAAACAACCAGUAAAUCUAAAAGUUAUUUUUAAAUACCUUUAUUUGCCCCUAAUUACCUUUAAGCAUGUCCAUUUAUUUACUAGAUAUAAAUAAGAGGAAUCAGACAUCUAUUUGCGAAUUGAAAUAGUCGUAACGUUUGGAGCCCUUCCUUUGUUGGCUGGAUGUAAACAGACACUUGGAGCAGAUCUUCGAGAGCUUAGAUAGAGGAUGUUAAACUCCGGCGAAACAUUCAGCUGGUAGAAAGACAAAAGGAUGGAGGGGAACAAAAAGUGUGAAGGAAUGAAUUAAACAACAGCUUGUUUCUGGGCUUGCACGCCCUCCCCACUGCUUCGAGGUGGCAGAACCGGCGUGGAGACAACAGGAAGCGCUGCGGCGGGAUUGGCUCGUUCUUGUGUCAUUGUGACCUGUUUAAUUCAGCCUCCUCCCCUCCACCUCUCUCUCUCUAUCUCUCUCCGCCUCCCCUCUAUGGGGGGAAGCAGAUUAACACAGUGAGAGCCAUGUGGGCAGAAGCGCUCACCUACUCCAGACUGGAGAGUUCUGUCACAUCACUCCGACCUGCCAGGAAUUUUACCGCCAGCUUCCAAGAAAUGAAAAGUUUUUGUUACUUUAGCAACAUAGGACUGAUUAAAAAGAGCUUUUGUUGUGAAGUGGAGCUCCAUCCAUAUGCCGCUGUAAUCUGAUUGGCUGAUCUUUGUUGUGGGGAAACAGGCGGAUUGUUUUUUUGAUGCUGUUUGGACUUUUUGGGGUGUUUACUGAUUCAGAGCCUUUUAUUUUUUUUUAAGGAAACUAUUUUUUGUCGUUAAAGUUUAUUUUCCUCCCAAUUUUUAAGUCUUCUCCAUAUUCUCCGCUAUGCCGAGCCCAGAGUCAUACGCUGUUAAAAGAGGCAAAAAGCAGCAACAUCGGCGAAACGAGAGGAAAACGGGUCAUAAAGGUUCUUUGUUUACAGCUGCUCUGGGACUUAAUGCCAGCGUGGGCUCACCCUCCUCCCCCGCCUCCACUUUCUGGCAACCAAUCAGAUCUUUUGCCCUUUCACAGCUCACGUCUCUGGUGCGGCGGGCCACGCUGAGGGAGAGUGACAUGGUGCCAAAGUAUGAGAAGGUCCACAACUUCAAGGUUCACACGUUCAGAGGUCCUCACUGGUGUGAAUAUUGUGCCAACUUCAUGUGGGGUUUGAUCGCUCAGGGUGUGAAAUGUGCAGACUGUGGGCUGAACGUUCACAAGCAGUGCUCCAAAGUGGUUCCCAACGACUGCCAGCCGGACCUUCGACACGUCAAGAAAGUCUACAGCUGCGACCUGACCACGCUGGUCAAAGCCCACAAUGCCAAGAGGCCGAUGGUGGUCGACAUGUGCAUACAGGAAAUCGAAGCCAGAGGUCUUCAGUCUGAGGGUCUGUACAGAAUAUCCGGCUUCAGUGAGCUGAUCGAGGAUGUGAAGCUAGCCUUCGACAGAGAUGGGGAAAAGGCGGACAUUUCGUCGAACGCUUACGAGGACAUCAACAUCAUCACCGGUGCCCUCAAGCUGUACUUCAGAGAGCUGCCUAUUCCCCUCAUCACGUACGACGCCUACCCACGCUUCAUAGAGACAGCAAAGAUUACAGACCCAGAAAAAAGACUGGAAUCCCUCCAUGAGGCCCUGAAGCUGCUGCCGCCAGCCCACAUUGAGACGCUGAGAUACCUCAUGGCUCACCUCAAGAGGGUCACCGAUUACGAGAAAGAAAACCUCAUGCCCAGCGAAAACCUGGGGAUAGUCUUCGGCCCGACGCUGAUGAGGGCACCCGAACUGGACGCCAUGACAGCACUCAAUGACAUCCGAUACCAGAGGCUGGUGGUGGAAACACUCAUUACCAAUGAAGACGUUCUGUUCUGAGAGAAACGGACCAAAACCAGCCCCCCAGUCGGAGGAGGCUCCGGAAACAGCCGACAAGAUGAAGGAGACUUGAGAUUUAGCGAUGAAGAAAAGAAGCGAAGGAGGGGUUUUAUUUAGAAAGAAAAUUAGAGGCUUUGGAUGAAGUCCAGGAUGGAAUGUUGGGUGUUUUUCCGUAUUUUUAUGUAAUCUUUUACAAUCAGCAAACUUGAAGAUGAUAAGCAUGUGACAGCUGAAACUCUGAGCCUUGUUGGGUAAGAAUGAAAAACCGCGCGGCGGGGAAACACUGGGACUUAUUCUUUAGUUGUUUUUGUUUUGAAACGGAUGCCUUGAAAGUGUUAGCUCAAUUUUCUUUAGUUUUUCUGAUAAUUUCUCUUGCAAACAGACCAACCAAGAUAGGCUUCACAGAGGGGACUUCCAAAUUAAACUGUGCCACAAGAUCAUUCCUGUACGAUUGGGCCAUUUUUGGACGGUUAGUAAGAAAUCAGGAAAUUGUUAAUUUUUUUCUCUGUAGUGGUGAUGCCUGUUGGAUUCAAUCUUAUGUUGAUGGAAAGUCUGUUUAUUUGCCCUUUAAAUUGUGCCUCAUUUUAAUUAGGUGAGAAAUUAUCCAAGUUUAAUUCGCUGAUGUCAAACAGGCUCAUUCUAGGUCUGGUUCUCCAGGUGAUUACAAUCCUGAUGUGUUAACAUGUGCACCACUACUGUUCUUUUUAUUCGUGUCUUGCUUUUUUUUUUUUCAAACCUCAAUCUUCAGAUCCAGGAAACAAACAAGAAAGAAUUUGCAAAUGUGAUUUUAAUAUAAUAAGGCACUAUUCAGUGGAAAAAUAACAGAUUUAGUUCCAAGACGAGU